GCGCUAUAUUUUGGAAAACGCAACGCGGCUGCUUCGUAGUAGGCACGAAUACUCCGAGGUGAUCGGUUCGUAAGAAGAAAUCUGUCAGAUUCAGAUCGAUUAAAUUUUGUGUAUUAACAAAAACCAGCAACAUGAGCAGCGUGGAUGAAGAUCUGACCCCCGAGCAAAUUGCCGUGCUCCAGAAGGCAUUCAACAGCUUCGAUCAUCAAAAAACUGGCAGCAUUCCCACCGAGAUGGUUGCCGAUAUUCUGCGUUUGAUGGGUCAGCCCUUCGACAAGAAGAUCCUGGAGGAACUGAUCGAGGAGGUCGAUGAGGACAAGUCUGGCCGCUUGGAAUUCGGUGAGUUCGUGCAACUGGCUGCCAAAUUCAUUGUGGAGGAGGAUGCCGAGGCCAUGCAGAAGGAGCUGCGUGAGGCGUUCCGUUUGUAUGACAAACAGGGCAACGGUUUCAUUCCCACCACCUGCUUGAAGGAGAUCUUGAAGGAGCUCGACGAUCAGCUGACCGAACAGGAAUUGGACAUUAUGAUUGAGGAAAUCGAUAGUGACGGUUCCGGUACAGUUGAUUUCGAUGAAUUCAUGGAGAUGAUGACCGGCGAAUAAAAAAAAAAGAA